UCUUUAACCUGUCACGUGACCAUACAUGUCUACACGUGAACACGUGCGCGGAGUGCGUCGCAGCAGCCGACUAAUCGCCUGCGUUUCUAAAGUCAGAGCCCUGCUGUGUGGUGUGAAAUCGGCGGCUUCACGAUGGCUUACAUUGCUUCUAGAAGUCUACUGUCCAAGCUUUAUUUCUUAGAAGGCGUUACCAGGAGCGCCACAGUGCCUUGCCUGCCCGCUCUCCAAAGACGUGCUGCCGGUGGGAAAGCUGAUUCGAAGGACGCUGAUGAGGACGACAAGCCGUACACGUACAGCACAAGCAACGCAGCCAAGUGGAAAGCUGCGCAGAGCUUCCGCACGCCAGAAAUCGAUGCGCCCCCUGCUCAGCGCUGGUCCGUGUUGGCGAGCAUUGCGGCGUUUCUCAUCUACUUCUGCGUCCUGCGUGAGGAGAAUGACUUGGAUCAACAACUGGUUCGUCCCAUCACGGACACCGUGCCGGACCUCAAGAGGUUCGGGACACCGCCACCGCUGUCUAAAGAGUGGGUCCCGCCAGCCUGGAGGGACUGAUUGCCUUAAGGACAGCGAAGCGAGGAUCGCGUCGAGCCCUUCUUCUCUUCCUUCUUUUUGGUGCCGAACUAGCCGUCCCACCUUCCAACACCGGCGCGACUGUGGAACGUCUCGAACGUAGUGGUAGUCUAGUCGGACACUUAGUUUCGUCGGUCUAGAGCACGCUGCCUGUGCUUAGACCUGUGGCACGUUUUAGCUCAUCAGCAAAAUUUGACUGUGUAUCUGUGCCUGCACUGCUUGAACAAGGCAUUGUUCACAUUUCGUGAUAUAAAAUUAGCUGUUUCAAGAACUGUCCUCGGUCACCACGCAGUGUUGCCAAGAUGCCUCUUACCACAUAGAUUCCUGAAUAAAUUUUUUCUGCUAGCGAAAGCGGUGAGUGUCAAGACAUGUUGGUAUGACUGAAAUGAAGUGGCGACUCCGCACAGACCGCAGAAAUAGCUGGAAAGUGAUAAAUGGUGCUCCCUAGGCAAAUCAAAUCAUCAGGACAUGCUAGGCCGAGGAAGGUUUAUUAUAAGACAUUGUGGUUUAUUUGAGGACGCUACUUCUUCCACUGCUGCAACUUUUUCACGAAUCUUUGUCCACCUUGUGGGCUUCCACAAAACCGGUUUGCGAAAUUUAAUAGAGCGCUUUAAAAGAACCUAGAGGAAUAGUGUUGAAGCCGUUGCACAUGCACAAGAUGUAAACUAUGUUUGGGUUUUGUGUCGAGCACACCAUUUGUCGAACUUAUUUAGGAGCCCCAGAACUUGCCCCAGAACUUGCCCCAGAAGAUUCGCAACAGCAAACAUUGUGGUACCUAUUGAAGUUGCUAGUACCUUGUCUAGGAUCAAACUGAUUGAAUGUCUGAGUAACCAAUGAUAUUAUUAGCAAGUGAUGAUGUUAUUGAUGUUAUGAAUAAAUUAAAUACUGAUCGUAACAUAAUUGACAGCGCAACGGGUUAAACACGGACAGAAAGAAGAAAAGGACACAGCGCUGCGUCCUUCUUUCUGUCCGUGUUUAACCCAUUGCGCUGUCAAUUAUAGUUACGAUGAACAUCUACCAACUAGCCCAACUCGUGAUUCUGCUUCAGCAUGAGUUAAAUACUGGUGUAGGCUAUCUCUUUCUCCCAUGUUACACUACAGCAAUGAGUGGCAGAAAAAUAGCGAACAUUUCUGAGAUUGGCUGUUGAUUUGAGAACUCAAAUGCCUUAAAGUAGUUGGCCACUCAAGGUUGGGUUGAGGUAAUUGAGACUCUCAGAAUUGAUGUAGAUUAUUGGUGAACUAAUUACCGCUACACAUUUUAGAAAUGAUAUCAAAGAACAUGCGAGGAUUUUUUUUUUCUAAAGGAGCCAGAUCCAGAGACCAAAACUGGGCUAAACUUCACAGGAACGUAAAGCACGCCAAAGUGCUUUUCACUUUAAAGACAUUUAUAAUCAGAAUGUGGCAAUUCCUCAUUGUAACGUGGACUCAAAAAAGCAGUUAAUAAAAAAUGAGUGAAGUC